CGGGGAGGAGCCCGGCGGCUCGGGGCGACGCCACGGGAGGUUCUGGAAAGGCCGGGAGCGGCGCGCGCGGCCAGUUGCGGAGAACAUUGGCAAUUAGCGGACUCCUCCUCCUCCUCCGCCGACAGACAGACAAACGGAGCCUUCUGUCUGCCAGAAGCCGAGAAGACUAGACCAGCAAAGGCCAGGCUCCCAGCAGCGGCGCGACACUGCCCUGUCUGAUCAUGAAACCGCACGCGCCCACCUUGCUGCUGGUCUGGUUUGCUGUCCUGAGCUGUGUGCCGGCGGAAUUCUUUACCUCUAUUGGGCACAUGACUGACCUGAUUCAUGCAGAGAAGGACCUGGUGCAGUCGUUGAAGGAAUACAUCCUUGUGGAGGAAGCCAAGCUCUCCAAGAUUAAAAGCUGGGCCGGCAAGAUGGAAGCUUUGACCAGCAAGUCAGCCGCUGACCCUGAGGGCUACCUGGCUCACCCGGUGAAUGCCUACAAACUGGUAAAGCGGCUGAACACAGACUGGCCCGCGCUGGAGGACCUGGUGCUGCAGGACUCGGCUGCAGGUUUUGUCGCCAACCUCUCAGUGCAGCGGCAGUUCUUCCCCACAGACGAGGAUGAGCUGGGAGCCGCCAAAGCCCUGAUGCGACUUCAGGACACCUACAAGCUGGACCCGGCCACGAUUGCCAGAGGGGAGCUUCCAGGAACCAAGUACCAGGCAGCGCUGAGUGUGGACGACUGCUUUGGCAUGGGCCGCUCGGCCUACAACGAGGGAGACUAUUACCACACGGUGCUGUGGAUGGAGCAGGUGCUCAGGCAGCUCGACGCCGGGCAGGAGGCCACUGUGGCCAAGCCGCAGGUGCUGGACUACCUCAGCUACGCCGUCUUCCAGCUGGGGGACGUGCACCGGGCCCUGGAGCUCACCCGCCGCCUGCUCUCGCUUGACCCGAGCCAUGAGCGAGCGGGAGGGAAUCUGCGGUACUUUGAGCGCUUGCUGGAGGAAGAGAGAGGAAAGGCGUUGUCCAAUCAGACAGCAGCUGGGCUCUCGGCCCAGGAAGACUUCUACGAGAGGCCGGUGGACUACCUGCCCGAGAGGGAUGUGUACGAGAGCCUGUGUCGUGGGGAGGGCGUCAAACUGACACCCCGGAGGCAGAAGAGGCUUUUCUGCAGGUACCACCAUGGCAACAGGGCACCGCAGCUGCUCAUCGCCCCCUUCAAGGAGGAGGAUGAGUGGGACAGCCCGCACAUCGUCAGGUACUAUGAUGUCAUGUCUGAUGAGGAAAUCGAGAGGAUCAAGGAGAUUGCAAAACCCAAACUUGCACGAGCCACUGUUCGGGAUCCCAAGACAGGCGUCCUCACCGUGGCCAGCUACAGAGUUUCCAAAAGCUCCUGGUUGGAGGAAGAUGAUGACCCUGUUGUGGCCCGAGUAAACCGCCGGAUGCAGCACAUCACAGGGCUAACGGUAAAGACGGCAGAGCUGCUGCAGGUUGCAAAUUACGGCAUGGGAGGGCAGUACGAGCCACACUUUGACUUCUCCAGGCGACCUUUUGACAGCGGCCUCAAAACGGAGGGAAAUAGGUUAGCGACGUUUCUGAACUACAGCCAUGAGCAAGAUGUUUUCAAGCGUUUAGGGACUGGGAAUCGUGUGGCCACGUUCUUAAACUACAUGAGUGACGUAGAAGCUGGUGGUGCCACCGUGUUCCCUGAUCUGGGCGCUGCCAUCUGGCCCAAGAAGGGCACGGCUGUAUUCUGGUACAACCUUCUGAGGAGCGGGGAAGGUGACUACCGGACAAGACAUGCAGCCUGCCCCGUGCUGGUUGGCUGCAAGUGGGUCUCCAAUAAGUGGUUCCACGAACGGGGACAGGAGUUCUUGAGGCCCUGCGGAUCCACGGAGGUUGACUGACGCCCUCUGCUGCCCACCCCCGCCCUGGCCCCUCCGCCAGAGUCGUCCUCAAGCGCAGUGUGGCAGACGCUUGCACGUGCCGGCUCCUGCCACGCGGCUCUUUGGAGGAGUUAGUGUUCGUCUGACGUGGAGCGUGACCUCCGCCGAGUCCUGAGUGUCCUGGGUCCCAGACUCUGUGGGCAGCCUGUGCCACCUGUGGCCCCGAGGAUAGCAAUGGAGCUGCUGCAGCAAAACCAGACUGCUCAGCACCUUACAAGGUGCCCUUGUACCUCAGAAGUCUCAUGAACCAAAAUGCUGACUCCUUGUUUACAUGAUGUUUGUGUGCCAUUCGUUUGUUGUGGCUUUAACCAAAAAUUAAAUGGCCUGCCCAGAGCCUUAAAGAGCGUUA